AAUCAUCAGAAAAAGCAUUCUUUCACCACCUCCCUGUGUUGUAUUUCCCUUGUCUGGCUUCACCAUUCAUCUUAGCAGACUACAGAGAGACAUGGGAAAGACCAAAAACACAUCCCUGGACACUGUGGUGACAGAUUUCAUUCUCCUGGGCUUAUCUCACCCCCCAAAUCUGAGGACCCUCCUCUUCCUGGUCUUCUUCAUCAUUUACAUCCUUACUCAGCUGGGGAACCUGCUCAUUCUGUUCACUGUGUGGGCUGACCCAAAGCUGCAUGCUCGCCCCAUGUACAUUCUUCUGGGCGUGCUCUCAUUCUUGGACAUGUGGCUCUCCUCAGUCAUCGUUCCUCGACUAAUAUUGGAUUUUACUCCUGCUACUAAGGCAAUCCCAUUUGGUGGCUGUGUGGCUCAGUUGUAUUUCUUUCACUUCCUGGGCAGCACCCAGUGCUUCCUCUACACCUUGAUGGCCUAUGACAGGUACCUGGCAAUAUGCCAGCCCCUGCGCUACCCGGUGCUCAUGAGUGGGAAGCUAUGCACCAUUCUUGUGGCUGGAGUUUGGGUGGCCGGCUCCAUCCAUGGGUCUAUCCAAGCCACCCUGACCUUCCGCCUGCCCUACUGUGGGCCCAACCAGGUGGAUUACUUUAUUUGUGACAUCCCUGCUGUAUUGAGACUGGCCUGUGCUGACACGACUGUCAAUGAGCUGGUGACCUUUGUGGACAUUGGGGUAGUGGCUGCCAGUUGCUUCAUGUUAAUUCUGCUCUCCUAUGCCAACAUAGUCCAUGCCAUCUUAAAGAUACGCACAGCUGAUGGGCGGCGCCGGGCAUUCUCCACCUGUGGUUCCCACUUAACUGUGGUCACAGUCUACUAUGUCCCCUGUAUUUUCAUCUACCUCAGACCAGGCUCCAAGAGCCCCCUGGAUGGAGCAGUGGCUGUGUUUUACACUGUUGUCACGCCAUUACUGAACCCCCUCAUCUAUACACUGAGGAACCAAGAAGUGAAGUCUGCUCUGAAGAGAAUAACAGCAGGUCUGGGGGCUGUGAAUGAAAAUAAGUAACUAUGGGCUCAGGGACUACCUACACCACCAUGGCCACCACUCUUUUCAGCUAUUGCUG